AUGGAGAACCCUCCUAUGAAUCCGCUCAAAAAUGAACUUGGGGAAAUGAAGACGAAAGAAAACGAAGAACCUGAACCAAUUUCAAGACCAGGCUCUUCAAUGCAAACUUCUCUAGAUCUAGAUGAUUUAGAUGAAUUGUUUGGAGUUAUUUAG